CUAUCUAUGUAAUCUUUCUCAUCUGUCUCCCUGUGCAGAUGGCUCAAGUAUUUCGUUUCAAAUUUUAGUCACAGCUUAAAGUCAAAACCCUAACCCUAAAUCUUCUCCUUAGCUGCUCUUAAGUUCUGUCUGUAAGCCGACCUGCUUAAUCAUGGCGCUCCGUGGAUCUACCUUUUGCUACAAUGUAAAUUUUAUUGAUAGGCCGCUGCCAUGUUCUUGCAUUAAUAGUUUCAAGAGGCUUUCCCACCUUUCUUUACCUGCUACUUCUGUGACACAUUAUUGUCCUCUGGAGCUGCAGAUUCAAGGAAGAACUUCGCCCUUUGCAAAACCUUCCCGCUUGUUAUCACUGAAAGCAUGUCAAGUAACAAGUGAGGACUCGGGGGAAAGCAUCAUAUUGGACGAGCAAGCGUUAAUGCAGGAUCUACAAAUUGCUAUUGACGAAGAGAACUAUGCUCAGGCUGCAAAAAUCAGGGAUAGCCUUCGAAUGCUGCAGGAGGAUAGCAAGGCUUCGGUACUGGCAGCAAAUGCUCGGUUUUAUAAUGCAUUCAGAAAUGGGGAUCUGGCUUCCAUGCAAUCUCUUUGGGCAAAAGGGGAUAACACCUGUUGUGUGCAUCCUGGUGCAAGUGGGGUUAUUGGUUAUGAUGAUAUUAUGGAAAGCUGGGAGCUUGUAUGGAUGAACUAUGAUUUCCCGUUGGAGAUAGAGUUGAAAGACGCUCGAGUUCAUUUUAAGGGCGACAUAGGUUAUGUUACGUGCAUUGAAUUUGUUAGGACAAAAGGUAGCAGCUGGGGGGCACAGUUUGUGACGAAUGUUUUUGAGAAGAUAGAUGGUCAAUGGUUCAUCUGUGUUCACCAUGCUUCACCUGUGGACUUGUAAGAAACUUACAGUGGCAUGUCUAAGACAUGAAGAAUAAAUCUCUUUUUGUUAUUUUUCUUUGUAGUUUAGAUUUUUGUUCCAUUAUAGAUUCAAUUAAGAGUAUUCUACUUUUGGCGGAGCAUUUUUUGCCUUGAUUUUGUUUAGAAUGAUAGCCUAUAAUUUACCAGAUUAAUGGCGCCUUUCAAGAAUUAUAUUUUUUUGUAACCAGGUACAAGUUGUUGAAUUGGAAUAAGAUCAUCUUCAAUGUUUCAGAAUUUCAA